AUGGACGUACCCGCAAGUACUGUCGAGGUCACCACCGUGCUAUCGCAGUGUGCAGAGUCAAAGGUGUACGAGUGCAACUUCUACAACUACCGUGCUGUUUGUAAGCAUCGUUUCCCCAAGAUGUAUCGUCAUCCAGUCCUCGACCACAAACUGCGGGAGCAGCGGACAGUGCGGGAGGCGCGGGCGCUCGUGCGGUGCCGCAAGCACGGUGUGGAGGCCCCAACUGUCUUCGCCGUCGACCGCGAUCGGUGUGCGAUUGUGAUGGAGCGCAUUGACGGUCUCAUGGUGCGCGAUGUUCUCAACAAUGAACAGGGGGGCGUCUCCGCAUUGGCUGAGCGGCUGCUGCGAGGGAUGGGCGAGGUGGUUGGCCUGCUGCACAGCGCCGACAUCAUUCACGGCGACCUGACGACAUCGAACUUCAUGUGCCGGGGGCAACACCUGGAUAAGGAGGAAGGGCGCGAGCACCAGCAGCGGGGGCAGGUGCCACAGAUGUUUGUGAGAGGUCUUGCUGCGGGGACGUCGUGUCGAGAAGGCCUCGUUGUUCUCGAUUUCGGACUUGUGGUGGACAAAAACAGUGCGGAGGAGCGUGCGGUGGACCUGUACGUUCUCGAGCGUGCGAUUAAGUCGUCGCACCCAUUCCUCGAGCACGUGGCGUCGUCGCUCGUCCUCGACGGGUACCACCGCACCAUUGACGUGCACAAGGGCGCCGCAACCGUUGCGCGGUUGGAGGCGGUGCGGGCCCGUGGCCGCAAGCGGAGCAUGGUUGGGUAG